AUGAUAUCUGUUAUGGGAAUGUGUGCUCUUAUACAACCGGUUCUUCUCUUGAUCUUGGGAAAAUAUGUUACUGGUGUGGAGGCUGCUACAGCUUUAAGUUUAAUGCCUUCUACUGAAUGGUAUGGAGACGAUGGAUCUUGGUCUGCUGUGUCGAUCAGGUUGGGAACUCCCAAACAAUGGAUCAAUCUCUUUCCGAAUACACUCAGCGCUGAAACCUGGGCUAUAUCGCCGUAUGGCUGUCAAGAUGGUGAUUCAACAUGCCUGGACAGCCGAGGCUCAAUCUUCAACGCAACCCAAUCUUCCACAUGGGAACCUUUGUUGACACUAGAGUCUUCUCCAUAUUGGCGUCUUGGUACAGGAAACUCGCUGCAGUGGCCACCUUAUGGAGAGUAUGGAUUUGACAAUCUCGCAUUUGGGCCAGACGGACCAGCCAUUCCCAACGCGACAAUCGCGAUGAUCAAUGCUACAGAGUAUUGGGUAGGAAGCUUUGGUUUGGGUGCUAGUGCUGGAAACUUCAGUUAUGUUACACCAAACGUCACCUAUGCACAACUAGAAACCCUGGGUGACAUAUUAGGUGCGGGAUAUGGAUACACUGCUGGGGCUAUAUAUCAGCAAAAGGGGGAACCAAUGUCUUUGACACUGGGCGGAUAUGAUGAAAAUCGAUUCAUACCUCACAAUGUUUCGUUCACCCUUACCCAAGAUCCGCCUGUACCUCAAGUCUUCGUUGACAGUAUUUUCGUAAUAUCCUCCAAUGGAUCCAAUACGCCAAUUCAACUUGCGUCAUACAAGGAGAAUAUCAACGCAUUGAUCGAUAGCUCAACUCCUUACCUAUGGCUUCCAGAGACAGUUUGCAAUCAUUUUGCGGAUGCUUUAGGACUAAGUUACAACGAGUCCUUGAACCUGUAUACCUUUGACGAAAACCCCACUCAGCAUAAUAACCUAUCGGAUUCAUCUACAACGACAACUUUUACAUUUGUGCUCAAAGACAAAUCCUCAGACUCGGAUUUCGUCGAAAUUAAUUUACCAUAUGCAGCUUUUGAUUUAUCAUUAACCUACCCAUACAUUCCCAAUACUGAAUAUGGAACAGAUGAAGCAUCAAAAUUCUAUUUUCCAUUGGCUAGAUCUGCAAAUAGUAGUCAAUACACUAUUGGUCGAGCAUUUUUACAGGAGGCAUAUAUUAUUACCUCGUACGAGACCAAUCAAUUUUCCCUUCACCAAGCAGUUCAUGUAUCCGAUACGCUCAAUAACAAGAGCAUUAUUGCUAUCCCAAGUGGAGAUACUACUACUGGACAAGAAACUAGUACAGUGUCAUCCGAUCAGAGUACUCGCUUAACCAAGGGGCAAAUUGCUGGCAUAGUUAUUGGUGUUGUCGGGACAAUAGCCACUUUACUGGUUACCUUAUACUUUUCCUAUAUUAAAUACUAUAAACCAAAGAAACUCGCGCUUGCUCUUAAGAAUUCUACUUCUGAAUCCGAAGCGGGUAUCAAUCUUCAACCACUUGAUAGUCCUCCACCAACGGGGUUUUAUCCUUCAGAAGCUCCUGGUGAUGUCAGCCACCCAGUUGAGAUAAACUCAGACAUUGCACAGCCAAUGGAAGUUAGCUCCGAAGUCCCGCACCAACGUUUAGAACUUGCAGCUGUGAUUCCCAAAGAACUCUCCGCAGAAGCCGCAGUUGAGCUGCCAGCAGAAGUCCCAGCAGAAUUUUUAUAUGGGAGGAUUGCCGUCGAUAAUACUCCUAUUGCCAGUCCUACCAUCAGUCCUAUUUCUGCUUCAAAUUCAGGUUCACUACCAUCAAUGAAUGCUCUCGCCAUCAGUUCUGCAGAGCCAUCUUUCGAGAAAGGAUCCAUUCUCGUAAAGCCUACUCGCUCUUCGAUUUUAGCAGACCAAGUAUCGCCCAUAUCUUCCGAGACACGGCUGCGUCCCGAUGGCUUUUCUCCUAUUGCCGAAAUUCAACACCGCAUGAGUCCUCCUCCUACAUACGCCCUUGCACAACCCAAGAACUACGCUUCUGCUGGAGGUUUUCUUUCUAGCUACCAACCACUGAGUCAAUCCGCUCUUUCUACUGGCAUUGGAUCCCCAGAACCGAGUAACUACGUUUUUGCCGGAGCGAUGCCUUCAGGUAUUCAACCUCCAAAUCCAUUCGCUCCAACUACUAUGAGUCGAGACGCACAAGUAAAUGAAUGGCGUCGCUGCGAUGUGGAAAGACAGAAACGCGAGGAAGAAUUAUAUCGUCAAGCAUUAGCUCGCGAAGAAGAGAUCCGCGAAAAUCAAUUCCAGGAACGUCGACUGGCCCAUAGACAGGAACUUGAAAGAAUGGAACGGCUAGGAACUGAUGUUUUUAAAUAUCGCAAUGAGGAUGUGGGGAUUGUUCAGGAGCCUUUCAGAGAUACCGUCCAACUUGAUGAAAAUGGAGCACGCAAUACAACUCCCACAAUCCAAAAUGAAGAUGCUAUAGCCAGUGUAUCAGCUCAAGAAGGUGCUCCAGAAGUUACGCCAGUAACUGCUUUACGUCGAUUCUCUUUUGAGAAUGGAGGUGAUAAUGAUACUGUUUGA